AAAAUCAUGGAUAAAGAAAAAAUUCUAGGAUUCAAAUCCAACAUGUCAAAGGAAGAUAUGAGGAAGAGUUUAAUGAUGAAGGCUUAUGAGGUGAAGUUUGACUUAAGUGGAACAGACUACAUUCCCCUGGACAAUAUAGGAAUUGGUGCUUAUGGAGUGGUGUGCUCCGCUGUUCAUGGAAAAACCAAAGACAGGGUGGCCAUUAAAAAGAUUCCUUACAUCUUUGAAGACAAGAGGAUUGCCACUAGGACCUACCGAGAAAUCAAGAUAUUAAAACACUUUAAACACGACAAUAUAAUUUCCAUAAGAGAUAUUUUAAAACCUACAGAAACUGUAGAUAGAUUCCGAGAUGUGUAUGUUGUGUUUGACCUGAUGGAAAGUGACCUACAUAAGAUUAUAUACUCUAAACAAGAGCUAACUGAAGAACAUGUACGGUACUUUUUGUACCAGUUACUGAGAGGAUUAAAGUACAUCCACUCAGCUAAUGUGAUUCACCGGGACCUCAAACCCAGUAACUUACUGGUCAACGAGGACUGUCAACUGAGAAUCGGAGACUUUGGGAUGGCAAGAGGAGUCAACAUGUCAUCAGAAGAACAGAAUGCCUUCAUGACUCAGUAUGUAGCCACUAGAUGGUACAGAGCCCCCGAGAUAAUGUUCGCUUUGAUUGAGUACGGAACUGCCGUGGACAUGUGGUCAGUGGGGUGUAUCUUUGCCGAGAUGUUGGGAAGGAAACAUUUAUUUCCAGGCAAGGACUACAUCAACCAGCUGAAGCUGAUAAUCGGCGUACUGGGCUCCCCCGAGCAGGACCUUCUAGAUCUCUGUCAGUCAGAUCUCAUCAAAAAAUUCAUCAAGCAACUGGGAAAUAAAGAACCAAUAGCCUGGUCUACUUUGUUUCCUAAAGCCAGUAAAAAAGCGCUGAGUUUACUGAGUAAAAUGCUGAUCUUAGACCCACGUAAAAGAGUCUCAGUCACUGAUGCUCUUACCCACCCCUACCUCAAUAAGUAUCACGAUCCUGAUGAUGAGCCCAUCUGUGUUCCAACAUUUAACUUUGACUUUGAAAAGCAGAAAUUAACAUCAGAAGAGUUGAGAGAACGAAUAUAUAAAGAGAUAAUGGACUUCCACAAGCCUAGAACCCCAUCACUCAGUUUCAGUGCCUGUCUUAAACCAGUACCCAAGGAUACAGUGGACAAGAAAUCAGAGAUGAAACAAGAGGUGUCCACUCCAGGUCUGACAAAAGAGUUCCAAGGAAUUCAGCUUUUUCCUUCAAGGGAAAUAAAGGGUGAUUUCCUGAAGCCAGACAUUAAACCCGUGGGAGUGGCUAUCAAGACAGAACAGCUGGAAGUGUCUGCAAGCGAUGUAGAAAUGUUCAGUGCCAAGUCUCAAACAAAGGCAAAAGAACAGGUGUGUGAUGAACAAGAAACAAAAAUCCCCGAGAAGGGGGGAACAAAGGAGGAGAACCAGGAAACUAAAACAAUCUCCUCUGACACCAAGGCACUCAUCAAAGCAGCACUACUCAACUCCAAUUUCAGAAAAAGAAGUGAUUCUUGCACUGAAGUGGAUGAUAAACCUAAACCAAUCACUGCAGCUCAAAGACAGAAAGAAAGGGAGGAAAAAAGGAGGAGAAAGAAAGAGAAGGCACUGGAAAGAAUGAAGAAAAAAGAAAAGAAAGAACAGAAACCCGAUCAGCUGCUGACGGAUGAGGAUAGGGAGCUUCUACAGAGGUGGGCUAAGAUGCAGCAAGUGAACCCUCCCAUAGCUCCAAAACCAGAGUCUAAUGUACAAAGUCAGAAUCCAGGAAGCGGUCUGUCCAGUGUACCAAUGAUGCCUCAGACAACACAAUCUCAGAUUAUCUCUAAUCCCUCCCAACUCAAAUCCUUCCAGGCCAACUCCUCAGAAAUGUCCGGGAGCUCCACCCAACAGUCCAACACAGGGAAAUCCCUGAUAAAUGUGGACACUAUGCAUAUGCUUCAACAAAAGUUACAGGCUAGGAAUUCAGUGGCAAAAGACAAUGUGAAUACCUCUGUGUCUCCAGCUCUGGUGACAAAUGACCCCAUUACUACCAAUGCGAGUCUGUCCACUAUUAGCAUGGAGGGUGUUAAAAUGAUGGGUUUGGCAUCUGGAUUUCAGGAUGUGUCCUGUAAUGUAGGUACGUCAAAUCCAUCACAGCCAGUCAGUAACUCUGACAUUGGUUUAAGCAGACCAGAGACAUCUUCAAGCUUCCAAGAUUACCACCAGCCUGUGUAUUCCAAUCAAAAUUCACCUCAGAGGGACUACAGCAACCAUAGUUCACCUGAGAGCUAUCAAUCACAAGGGUCACCUGACCCCUACAAUCAGGACUCAAACUCCAGCUGUGAUGUUCAAAAUAAUAAAGUCAACAAUUUUUCUGAAGCCAGUGCUUUACCUAGUCACCCACACUCCUCUCAGCAAGUUGGAAUUCCUCCUCAGAUAAAUCAGCAGUUUGAUGUCUCGGCUACAAAUCCUUUCGCCAUAAUCAGCUCUCAAACUCAGACAUUUACUACACCUUUUCAGAGUGAAAACACUUUUUCAAAUGUGAUGCUACCAAAUCAACAAGAAUAUUCAUCUCAGCAGCAGUAUGGAAAUAUCUCAACAAUUCCUUUUGCAAGAGAUGAGCAAACAGCGGGCCAUUCUCAGAAUAUUCAACCUUUUUUUGAUGCAAGGUACCAGACUCAGACACAACCACGGCAGCCAUAUUCUUAUCCCCGAGUCUCAGUUGACACAAGCCAACAACCACAUGAUCUGAUAUCUGUUUUAGCGGAGCAGUUUUCCAGUACACAAGUAGGGGACAACUUUCCUCCUUUGUUGCCUCUGACUCCCAGGGGAACAGGAGCUGGGUAUGGUGUUGGGAUGGACCUGGAUUCAUUGAUGGAAGACAGUUCCAGUUUGCCGCCCCAGCAAUCUCCCCUGUCCUCUUCCCUUCUAACAGACUGGAUGGAGGUCACAGGGUCACUCAAUAUUGACAUGGAUGCCCUGGAGCAGGAACUGGGACUCCAGUCUCCAAUGUCACUGUCCUACAACGAUCUGUCAAUGUAUCAGUCAUGACAUAUCAGUGUAUCAUACCUUAUAUCAUCUAAUAUUGCAUCAUUCCAGGCUGGGACUCCGGUCUCUGAUACAUACAGUGAUCUGUCAAUGUAACAGUCAUGAUAUAUCAGUGUAUCAGACCCUAUAUCAUCUAACAUUGCGUCAUUCCAGGCUGUGACUCCAGUCUCCAAUGUCACUGUCCUACAACGAUCUGUCAAUGUAUCAGUCAUGAUAUUUCAAUGUAUCAGACCCUAUAUCAUCUAACAUUGUGUCAUUCUAGGCUGGGACUCUGGUCUCCGAUACAUACAGCGAUCUGUCAAUGUAUCAGUCAUGAAAAUCAGUGUAUCAGACCUUAUGUAAUCUAACAUUUUGUCAUUCCAGGUGAGGGUUCUAGUCUCCUAUGUCAUUGUCAUACAAUGAUCUGUCAAUAUAUCAGUCCUGAUAUAUCAGUGUAUCAGACCUUAUAUCAUCUAAAAUUACAAUAUAUCAUUCCAGUCUGGGACUCCAGUCUAUGAUGUCACUUUCGUACAACAAUCUAUCAAUGUAUCAGUCCAUCUGAAUGACAAUGAGCCCUGGAAUAGUCCUGAUAUCAUGAUUUACCUCUGUGAUCAUGACAUCAAUGAACCUGUACUGAAAGUACCUGUUAAAUUAUCUAUACUGAUAAAACCCUGGUAUUAUCGAUGUCAUUGAUGAUAUCAUCAGCAGUUAAGAUUAUCAGUAGUUAUAUCAUUGACAUAUCAUUUCUGAUUUUGAUAUAUAACCCUUUUCCCCCACCCCUUUGCAAACAAAGUUUGUUGUCAGUUUAAAAUUUACCUCUUUAUUUAGUAUUAGGAUCAUGUGCCAAGCUAAUUUUUACUUGACUACAAUAUUACUUUUUCACUAUAGUUAUGCCUAUAUUUUGUAUUUUUUGUAAUGUGAGGUUUUUCUCAGUGUGACUGACAAGAUACUACAGUGAUUAAGACUGAACUUAUUAUUAUAAAGCUCCUAAUGUAGAAUCUUGUCCCUGUUAUUCAACCUAUCGGUAAAUGAGUAGCUGAAGUUCAACUGUAGCUCUCCUGAUUAUUUGACAAAAUCAUUUAUUAUUGUGUCAGUUUCAUAUAUAUUUUGUUUUGACUAUUUAAUUACAUGUCAAGGAAUCAUGCAUUGAAAAUUUGUAGACUAGAUAUAAUGCACUUUAAAGACAUACACGCUAUAUAAACGCAAGUUAUAGCAUGUAUAUCUUUAAAUAAUUAUAUUUCCAUUGUUUGAAUAGCAGAUGAGGAAUUCGAUGGUUUAUAGCAUGUACUAGUUUUACUUAAACUCGGGUGUAAGUACUAUACUGCACUUCUGAAAAUGUGUGCUCAAGAUUCCACGUGCUUCAGUGGGCAAAUAUGUUUCUUUCAAGAAUAAAGAAAACGAUAACUCAAA